AUGCAAGCCUAAACUUAAAUUACAUAAGCUGAAUUAGAACUAGCUGAAUUAUAUUUUUAAUAGGCAUAAGUAAAAUAUAAAAACGAUUAUAUUAAGGAUUUUCAAUCUAAAAAUUAUCUUCAAGAAGCACUUUAAGAGAUCAAUAAAAGUUUGAGAUUGUAAUAGAACAAUGUUAAUGCUUAUCUUUUAAGAGGCGAAAUAUUGUCUGAGUUGGAAAACAAUGAAAUGGCCCUUUAGGAUUGUAAUAUAGUAUUAAAAAUUGAUUCAAAAUCAGCAAACGCAUAUUAUCUUAGAUGUAAGAGCAUGCUUGAUUAUUAAGCAACAAUUUAGUGGAAAAAUAAAUGUUUAUAUUCAGCUUUAGACGAUAUUAAUUAAGCAAUUUCACUCAAUCCAAAUUUUGAAAUAGCCUAUAGCCGUAAAGGUAUAUUUUGUUAAGCAGUGUAUCAAAGGAACAAUUCUUUGGGAGCUAGGACUUAGUUUAGAAGCAUUUACUUGUUUUCUAAAGGCGACUCAAGUAGUAAAUUCAGUUAAUAAUCAUUUUGCUUCAUAAAGAUGUACCUUUUAUACGUAAUAUUAAAGCAAUUUCAAAAUAAUAAGAUGAAGAGCUUUAUUAAAUUAAUAAAGCUAUUGAGGUAAAUCCUAAUGAUUCUUAAGCUUAUUUAAAUAGAGGUAUUAUAAUGUAUCAAUUAAAUAGCCAAGAUUUUUCUUCUUUAGAAUAAAGUGAAUGAAGCCCUUGCAGAUUAUGCUGUAGUAACAAAUAUAAACCCAUAUUUUAUCCAACCUUAUAUAAAAAGAGCUAAAAUUCUUAUAGACUAAAACUAAAUUGAAGAUGCACUUAAAGAAAUCAGAAAGGCUUAAAAUCAUGAAAAAAAUAAUGCUGAAAUUUACUAUAUUGAGGGAAACUGUUAUUAAAAGAUUGGUAAGUUAGAUAUGGCUCUUCAUGCUUAUAAUCGCGCUAUAACAUUUUGCCCUAAAGAUGAAUAGUACUUAAAUCAAAGAAGCGAGCUUUACUUCAGAUUGGAAAGGUUUGAGGAAGCUAUAAAAGAUCUUAAUAAGGCUAUUAAUAUCAAUUCUAAUUCUUAAUUUUCAUACUACAAUAGAGCCCAAUCCUAUUUAAAGAUUGGAUAGAAAGAUUAAGCCAUGAAGGAUUUAGAAAAACAUGUUGAGAUAAAUCCAAAUCAUUCGGAUGCCUAUUAUCAAUUAGGUUUUAUAUUAACAAUGCUUGGUAAUAUUAAUUAAGCAUUUUUCUAUUAUUGUAAAGCUAUCUAACUUAAUCCUAAAUUUUAAAAGGCAUAUGCAAAUAGAGGUAUUGACUAAAUUUUAAAAGUAGCUUCCCUUGCUACUAGUUUGGGAUUAAAAUAAUAGGCAUUUGAUGAUUUAAAUAAGGCCAUAGAACUCGAUCCAAACUGUUCAAAUUCAUAUUAUAAUAGAGGUUUUAGUUUUUCUAUUUUAGGAACGUUAUUUGUUAAUUUAGGAAAUUUUGAAUUAGCCCUUAAGGAUCUAAAUUAAGCUAUUUAAAUUGAUCCUAAUUAUUAAGAUGCACUUAAUAAUAGAGGCCUGGUUUAUAAUCAUUUAGGUUAGAAAAAAGAAGCUCUAAAAGACUUUAAUCAGAUUAUUUUAUUAAAUCCAACUAAUGGAGCUGUUUUAAAUAAUAUAGGAACUUUGUAAUUUUAUUAAGGCUUGAGACAAGAUUCCUUAUAAUCAUUUCUAAAGGCUAAUUAAUAUUGCUAGAAUCCAGUCAUUUUAGUUAAUAUAGGAAAUAUAUAUUUUGAAGAGCGAAUGUAUUAAUAAGCUAGAAAUUACUUACUUUAGGCAAAAUAAUUAAUGGAAAGUCAAGGCAAUAAUUCAAAAAAUUGUUGGAAUCUUAGUCCUGCCAAUAUUUCUGCUUUAAAUGAAAAAGUUUCUUUAUUAUUAAGAAUAGAGGAAUAAAUGGGUUCUCUUAGAUCCUAAAUUAUGCAAAAAUAAUAAAUUCUUAAUGAAUAGCAACCACAAUUACCAUCAGUUGAUGAAUUAGAAAUGUAGAUAUUCAAAGAUUCAAAAGGAUAAUCAAUAAUAUAACCAAUAACGAGUAAUUAAGAUACAUGCUAAGUUCAGAGGGAACUAUCAUUACUUAAACAAAAAACUUAGUAUUUAUAGGGAGUUUUUGAAAAAAUAAAAUUAUCAGACACCUUCAAGAUAGAGAGGGGGAUUGAAAUUUUGAAUUUACCAGAAAAUUCUCAUAAACUCUUAUAUUUUAGAUCAUUAGUUUGGCAUUUAUAUAAUUAUUUGAAUUCAAUGCAGCAAAUCUCAACAGGAUUCUAUGAAAUUAAAGAGAGUGCUUAUAAAUAGAACAGAUUUGAAUAAUUCAUAUAUUAUCUUAAAGAAACGAUAAAAUAUAUUCCUAGUGUUAUGAAAUAUUUAUCUCUGCCUUCUACAGUUUUUGAUUGUAUAAACUAGGCAUUAGGAAUAGGAAUGAAGAAAACUCUUGAGAUUACUUUUAAAAAUCGAAUUAUAAAAAUAACAAAUAUUUUAAAAAGAUCCACUAUAGGUUCAUUGAGUAUUGAACAAUAAAUUUAAUUGGCUGCUCUAGAAUUAAGUUCAGAGAUAAAACCACAACAACAACAACAAAGAUAAUAAUCCAAAUUUUAAAAAUUUGUUGAUAUGAUAGCUAAUUUAUCUAGGUAAUAGGAAGAGUUUAGCUAAGAUAUUUUUUGGAAAAAAGGGAUAGAUGAUUCAUUAACCAUACUAUCUUAUAUGAACAACUAAAUAAAUCCUAUUGAAAAUAACAAUUAGACUUUGAGUUAGAUUAUUAUAGAUGCUUUUAGAAAUAAUCAGCCAUAGUAAUUAUAAUCUAGUUGA